AUUGAGUUCGCCCGUAAGCUAACUGUAACCUUUUACCACUUACAUUAAACAAAUUACAAUGGCUUUUUCAUCGGCACUUGUCCUGACCGAUCUUAACGAUUAUAUUGCUCCUUCACAAGCUUGUGUAAAGCCUGUUGAAGUGUCAAAGUCUGAAACACAAGGACCUACCGAAAUCAAAGUUGACGACGAAGGUAGUUAUUACGAAAUUACACAAGACGGUGGAGAAGAGAAACUUGAAAAGGCCUCUAUCUCUUUGGACGAUUGUUUAGCAUGCAGUGGCUGCGUAACUUCUGCAGAAAGUGUCUUAAUUUCAAUGCAAUCACAAGAAGAACUCUUUAAGAUAUUACAACAGAAUAAAACGGCUCUUGAACAGAAUCAGCCCCAGGACCAUCGCACCAUUGUCAUUUCGAUCAGUCCACAAUCAAGAGCUUCUUUAGCUGCCAAAUACCGUCUUACACUUCUCCAAGUUCAUCAUCGACUUGUCUAUUUCUUUAAGCAUUAUCUUGGAGCGCACCACGUAUUCAACACCUCAUUCACCCAAGAUUUAUCUCUUGUCGAGUCGGCUCGUGAAUUCAAUGAUCGUUUCAAGCGUUAUAUGCAAAACGGAGGCGAUGCUUUGGAACAAGCCAUGCAAAAGCAAGAUCUCGAGAAGGCUGUCGAAGACGGUAAACCUAAAGUUAGAGCCAGAAGAAGAAAGGCCGCUACAACUGAUGAGGCACCGGCUGUAAAUCAAGAUUUACCCAUGCUUUCAUCUUCUUGUCCCGGCUGGGUUUGUUAUGCAGAGAAGACACACGGUGAAAUACUGCCUUAUGUAACAGCUGCCAAAUCACCACAACAAAUGAUGGGAUCUUUGGUGAAAGAUUAUUUUGCAAAGAAAUCUGGAUUAGCUCCAAACCAAAUAUACCAUGUAUCAAUUAUGCCAUGUUACGAUAAAAAGCUGGAAGCAAGUCGACCUGAUUUCUUUUUGGAGGCCUAUGAGACACGUGAGGUUGACUGUGUAUUGACCACCAGCGAAAUCGAUAAAAUGUUCCAUGAGCAGAACUUGGAUUUCGCAACAAUGACAGAGAGUCCCAUUGAUGACAUGUUCAACAAGGUCGGGAUUGAUCCUGCUACUGGUAUCGAAACGUCUUAUGGUGUAGCAGGAUCUUCUUCGGGUGGUGCAUUGGAGUAUAUUUUCGCAUCCGCAGCGCGAGAUUUGUUUCAUAUCCAGGACGCAGAUCCCACACAGCCUUCCGCUCGCGUAGUCAUUAAAACCGGUAAAAAUGCAGACGUCAAGGAAUAUUUCUUAAUCGGAGAUGAUGGCAAGAUUUUGUUAAGGUUUGCCACCGCUUAUGGAUUCAGAAACAUUCAAAAUGUUGUGCGUAAAAUUAAGACGGGUAAAUGCAACUAUCAUUACGUAGAGGUGAUGGCAUGUCCCGGUGGAUGUGCCAAUGGUGGUGGUCAAUUACCGGCUGACACAGAACAGAUUGUAAAUGCAAAAGACUGGGUGAGCUAUGUUGAAGAUUUAUAUCGAUCUUCAAAAGGUGUAAAACCAGAAGAUAAUGAAAUAAUUAAAGCUAUUUACAAUGAAUGGAUUAUCGACCCAUCUUCUGAAAGAGCACAACAGUUGCUUCGUACACAAUACCACGCCGUUACUCAAAACUUGGGAAACCCCCUUGCAACCAAAUGGUAGAUUCCCCAACAAGUAUUAGAGUAUAAAUAAAUAAAAAAAAGGCACUUCUAUUUAAAAAAAAUAUAUAAAUAUGCACGCUGAAAAGCAUUAUGAGUCAGUAAAGGUUUUG